AUGGAAGUCCAACCAGCCUUGAGCUUUUCCGAUGAGGAUAAGGUGGGAAUCUUGCAACUAUAUGAUGAUGCCUUGAUGGUUACCCUCAAUAUUGGAGGGUAUGAUAUGAAUAGGGUUUUGGUAGAUCAAGGUAGCAAUGUAGAGAUCAUGUAUCCUGAUCUAUUUAAGGGGAUGAAGCUGAAGCCUAAGGACCUGGCUUGCUAUAAUUCUCCUCUAAUAGGGUUCGAUGGGAAGAUAGUCUUUCCGAAGGGCCAAAUCAUAUUACCGGUUCAGGCAAGGUUAGAAGUUGCGGAAGUGAACUUCAUUGUGGUAGAUGCUUACUCCCCUUACACUGCUAUUGUGGCAAGAUCUUGGCUUCACACCAUGGGGGCUGUGUCUUCCACCCUACACUUGAAGGUGGAGUAUCCAUUAGGGGAUUUAGUCGAGAAGCUAAUUGGAAGUCAAUCUAUGGCCAGACAGUGUUUAGUGGCUACAAUUAGGCAUCAAACUGGAAGUGAAUCCUCGGCCUUUGCAGAGAGGGAUUUAUAA